GAGUGUGAGCUGAGCCAUCUAAGCAAUAAAAAAAAAACUCUUCAGAGAACAGGUACACCCUGAUGAUGAAUGCGAAAAUACAAGCCCACAAGAUACGUUGCACGAGACGCUUCUCCCCUGGAACUUGCAUGAAAGCCGUCGAACCGAUGUGGACUUAUGUACUGCGUACUCAGAAUUGCAUCCCACGAUUAGGAUGCCCUACCGAGAGACGUUCCAAUCGCUUCCGUUCCUUCGAAUCGUGCAUAAUCUGUCGUUCGCUUCUCCAGUUAAUGGUGUAUUUCGCGAAAUUCGACUCCUUGAACAUCUCCAGUCGAUGGGACAGUUUAGAUUUGAGAGCACACCACCACGGAACCGCUGGGUCAAUAAAAGAUUUCAAUAUCACGAUAUCCGACGAGGACUAUUAUAGCCCUGAAGACUAUGCCACCCUCCGAGAGUACAGAUCCGAUGAGUUUGUAGGUCCAAUUCCGAAGAUUGACCAUGAUUUUUCUGAUGAACAUUUAGAUGACGUUGCGUAA